GUGCUUGGGGCUAUAAGGGCCCGGGGGCCGGGCGGCGGGAGCUCGAAUCCGCGGGGCGCGAGGCGCGCACGGAGAUCCAGAAGAGUCCGGAGUGAGCGACCCCCAGCCGCAAAGGGAGGCGGGAAAACGCCAGAGCAGCAGCCAAGAUGUGCGGAAUUUUUGCCUACAUGAACUACAGAGUCCCCCGGACAAGAAAGGAGAUUUUUGAAACCCUUAUCAAGGGUCUGCAGCGGCUUGAGUACAGGGGUUACGACUCGGCAGGUGUGGCGAUCGAUGGAAAUAAUCACGAAGUGAAAGAAAGACACAUCCAGCUGGUCAAGAAGAGAGGCAAGGUGAAGGCCCUGGACGAGGAACUGUACAAGCAAGACAGCAUGGACUUAAAGGUGGAGUUUGAGACACAUUUCGGCAUUGCCCACACGCGCUGGGCCACCCAUGGGGUCCCCAACGCCGUCAACAGCCACCCACAGCGCUCAGACAAAGGCAACGAAUUUGUUGUCAUCCACAAUGGGAUCAUCACGAAUUACAAAGAUCUGCGGAAGUUUCUGGAAAGCAAAGGUUAUGAGUUUGAGUCAGAAACAGACACGGAGACCAUCGCCAAGCUGAUUAAAUAUGUGUUCGACAACAGAGAAACUGAGGACAUUACGUUUUCAACGCUGGUCGAGAGGGUCAUUCAGCAACUGGAAGGGGCAUUUGCGCUGGUUUUCAAGAGCAUCCACUACCCAGGAGAAGCCGUUGCCACAAGGAGAGGCAGCCCACUGCUCAUCGGGGUGCGGAGCAAGUACAAACUCUCCACGGAGCAGAUCCCCAUCCUGUACAGAUCAUGUACGAUUGAGAAUGCAAAGAGCACCUGCAAAGCCAGGACCAGGAGGCUAGACAGCUCCACCUGCCUUCAUGCUGUGGGUGAUAAGGCCGUGGAAUUCUUCUUCGCUUCCGAUGCAAGCGCCAUCAUAGAGCACACCAACCGGGUCAUCUUCCUCGAGGACGACGACAUUGCCGCAGUGGCUGAUGGGAAACUCUCCAUUCACCGGGUCAAGCGCUCGGCUAGUGACGACCCCUCUCGAGCCAUCCAGACCUUGCAGAUGGAACUGCAGCAGAUCAUGAAAGGUAACUUCAGCGCGUUUAUGCAGAAGGAGAUCUUCGAGCAGCCAGAGUCGGUUUUCAACACCAUGAGAGGUCGGGUGAACUUUGAAACCAACACAGUGCUCCUGGGCGGCCUGAAGGACCAUCUGAAGGAGAUCCGCCGCUGCCGCCGGCUCAUCGUAAUUGGCUGUGGGACCAGCUACCAUGCCGCCGUGGCUACGCGGCAAGUGCUGGAGGAACUGACGGAACUCCCGGUGAUGGUUGAACUUGCCAGUGAUUUUCUGGACAGGAACACACCUGUGUUCAGGGAUGACGUCUGCUUUUUCAUAAGCCAAUCAGGUGAGACUGCGGACACCCUCCUGGCCCUGCGCUACUGCAAGGACCGCCGCGCCCUCACCGUGGGUGUCACCAACACCGUGGGCAGCUCUAUCUCCCGAGAGACUGACUGUGGCGUCCACAUCAACGCAGGCCCGGAGAUCGGUGUGGCCAGCACCAAGGCCUACACCAGCCAGUUCAUCUCCCUGGUGAUGUUUGGUUUGAUGAUGUCAGAAGACCGAAUUUCGCUGCAGAGCCGCCGGCAGGAGAUUAUCCGGGGCCUGAGAGCUUUGCCUGAACUGAUCAAGGAAGUGCUGUCGCUGGAUGAGAAGAUCCACGACCUGGCCCUGGAGCUAUACACACAGAGGUCACUGCUGGUGAUGGGGCGAGGCUACAACUACGCCACAUGCCUGGAAGGAGCCUUGAAAAUUAAGGAGAUAACCUACAUGCACUCGGAGGGCAUCUUGGCUGGAGAGCUGAAGCACGGACCCCUGGCGCUCAUUGACAAGCAGAUGCCCGUCAUCAUGCUCAUCAUGAAGGACCCAUGCUUCGCCAAGUGCCAGAAUGCGCUGCAGCAGGUCACAGCCCGCCAGGGCCGCCCGAUCAUCCUGUGCUCCAGGGACGACACGGAAAGCUCCAAGUUUGCCUAUAAGACAAUCGAGCUGCCCCACACGGUGGACUGCCUGCAGGGCAUCCUCAGCGUGAUCCCGCUGCAGCUGCUGUCCUUCCACCUGGCUGUGCUCCGAGGAUACGACGUCGACUUCCCCAGGAACCUGGCCAAGUCUGUGACCGUGGAAUGAGAACAAGAGCUGGACAAGACCUCGCCAUCUUUAGUCUGAUACAAGCCCUGUCCCGACAGCAGGGGAGCCACGUGGGAAGAGGAGUGGGCAUUCCACGCGCGCUCCAUAGAGCUUGACAGCUUCGAUGUGCCUUGUACCCAAGUGCUUUUGCUUCCAGCAGAUACUGUUUCUCUGUGUCCUGAAGUUGCCGGAGGAGAAGGGGAUCGUUGUUUACACAUGGGGAUUAGAGCGGACCUUUCCCUUACUGUGCAAUAGAGAUACAACUCUCCUUAGAAUAACUGUGAACCUUUUUAAACCAACACUAGUUAGUUUUAAAAGACAAAAUAUUUAUAAUGAUGAUUGUAUAGCUCUUAAGUUAUUUUUCUAGCACAGGGCUUUCUGUGGCCACGGUGACACCUGCAUGCGUCUCUGGGCUCACCCCUGGCGGGUGGCACUCAUCUCAGAUUUGAGCACAAGGCAUUGGCCCUUGGGACUCUCCUUUUCCUUCCUCCCUGGGCUGCUCCAGCAUCCCAUUCCAACAUCAGUGAGGCCCCCCUGCCAUCUCCUGUGCCUCCUGUUUGUCCAGUUGAAAUCUCGCUUCUUUCAGCCUUUUCUUCUUGGUCAUAGUCCAGCUCUCCAACUUCUGUUUGAUCCGAUCUUCCUUCCUGUUAAGCCCAGCCCUGCUCCCCUCCCUGCCCAUAGGAAAACAGCUUGUAUCCCAUUCAAGAGGGUAGCUUUACGUGGGGCUACCUUGCUCUCUAAAAGCGUGCACAAUCAGAGUACUAUGCAAUUUUAAGACAAUAAAGACAGUACAACUUUU